UAUAGGUGUGUUGUCAUGUCAGUGUGUUUGUGUCGGUGAACUCUGGCUUCGCGGCUUUUGCCCGAGUUUUCGACUUGGAUGACGAUUCCAGUACGUUUUCUUGUCCGAGUGCACUGGAACGCACCAUGAGCUACUGUUGCCUGACAAGCUAGCUCGACGUUUUAACUGCCGGAAGUGAACGAGCGGGACCUGCCGUAGAGGUGAAGGGUUCAUCUGUACAGGGUAACGUUCGGCCCUUCAUGCUAAUCUGUUCUGAGGUCGCAUACGCCAAUCAAGUUCUUCAAUCUGGAAGUCCGCUCAAAGAGGCCUGUCUGCAGAUUCAACUGAUGCUGCCAUACUGCAGUGGCUACCACGCCAGAUAGGACCACAAGGCUGAGCAGCGCCCUCUGGGGUGACCGCUCAACUAACGAGACUGUUGGCUAAGUAGUCUUUAUAAUCAGGUUUUUUCACAGUGUGAUAUUUCAUCAGUUUUACGACAAACUGAGACUUUCUCAUGUUGUAAAUGUAUCUUUUAAAUUGAUAUUAUAUGUGUGAAUUCUGAAACAAUUGAAGCUGGAUAAAUAAAUGAUUUGUCUGUAUUCAUUCACCACCAUACACAGUGUUUUCUGACACAAGGCUCCAUGAUGGAAACUGGAAAGGGCGUUCCUUCUAGGACUAAGCCAGUCCACCUGCAGACCUGAUGACCUCAGCUCCGUGAGCCAAUGAGGGGCCACAUGGUUCCCAGGAGGGAGCUCGGUGUGCAGACCAGUGGGAGGAGUGGACGGCUGGGAGGUGUUUCCUGCAGAAACAGGCCUGCACCUCCCUACAUGGCUGGAGGACUCGUGAGUUGAACGUGCAGAAGGCGCGGACGCAGAGCAGCAGAUCUGAUCAUCAGACUGCUGUGUGAAGUCCUGCUGAAGCGAAUCUGUGCCAGGAAGAGAGAAACCGGAGAGCUGUUCCAGCAUGGAGGGGAGGCGGGGUCUUCUCCUCAGCCUCAUCAUGGCUGCCUGUUUCUAUGGCAACACCGCUCAGAAGACAGUCUGCACUCAAGAGGCCGUCGCAGACAUCGUCUUCUUGGUCGACGGGUCCUGGAGCAUCGGCACUGAAAACUUCGAGCAGAUCCGUCGGUUUCUGUACACGUUGGUCAACAGCUUCGACAUCGGGCCCGAUCAUGUCCGCAUCGGGCUGGUCCAGUACAGCACCACUCCACGCACUGAGUUCCUGCUCAACACCUAUCAGAACAAGGAAGACAUCCUCCGUUACAUCAACAAACUGCCUUACUUGGGGGGUGGCACCCACACGGGCCAAGGCUUGGACUUCAUGCUGAAUGAGCACUUUGUGGAGAAGGCGGGAAGCCGGGCUGGCCAGAAUGUGCCGCAGAUCGCUGUGGUGAUCACCGAUGGCAAAUCUCAAGACACCGUGGAGUCCCACGCCCAGAACCUGAAGAGGAGAGGAAUUGUUGUGUAUGCGAUCGGUAUCAAAGAUGCAGAUGAAGCGGAGCUGAAAGAGAUUGCGAAUGUGCCGCACACUCAGCACGUCUACAGUGUGUCUAACUUCGCAGCGCUGCAGGGAAUUUCUCAGAGCAUCGUCCAGACGCUUUGCACAACUGUAGAGGAAGCCAAACGACAACUCCUGCAGCUGUCUCCAGAAUGUGCCAAAGUCACGGUGGCUGACAUCGUCUUCCUGGUCGACGGCUCCUCCAGCAUCGGCAUCGAUAACUUUAAGUCAGCCCGGGACUUUCUCAAAAGUGUCGUCACAGGCCUCGACAUCGGCCCCGACAAAGUUCGAAUCGGCCUGGCUCAGUACAGCGAUGAACCUCACCAGGAGUUCCUGCUGAAGGAUCACAUGGACAAGAGUUCCCUGCUGACUGCGUUGGAUGAAUUUCCCUACCGAACGGGGAACACAGCUACGGGCAAGGCCAUGGAUUUCCUUGUGACGCGGUUCUUCACUGAAGAUGCGGGGAGCCGAGCCAAGGAGCGUGUUCCUCAGAUCGCCGUGGUCAUCACAGAUGGAGACUCUGGCGAUGAUGUCGUGGCACCUGCCAAGAGCCUGAGGCAACACGGAGUCAUAGUGUUUGGCAUCGGGGUGGGACAAGCCAACCUGACAGAGCUCAAGGCCAUCGCCAACCGGCCGUCAGAGCGCUUCCUCUUAACCAUCGACAGCUACCAGGCUCUGCAGAGGCUGACGGAGGGUCUGCUGCAAACUGUGUGCAUCUCUGUGGAGGAUCAGAGGCAAGCCUUGGAGGAGAAGUUUGCAGACAUUGUCUUCCUGGUGGACAGUGGUUUGAGUGUGCAAGAGUUCCAGCAGAUCAGAACCCUCCUCAGCCGACUCGUCAAUCAGAUGAGGUUUGGAGCGUCUGCCUACCGUCUGGGUUUGGCCCAGUAUGGUCGAGACGUCCGGGUAGAAUUUCUCCUUAAAGCUCACCAAACCAAAGAGGACUAUGGGAAAGCCAUCAGGGCUUUUCGUCAGCGCAGGCUGCAACCAAACGAGGCUCGUAACCUGGGCAGCGCGCUGGAGUACGUCCAUGCUAACUUUUUCACCAGUGAGGCAGGAAGUCGGGCAGACCAAGGCUACCAACAGCAUCUGGUAGUUGUGACUGGGAAGGAUUCAGAUGAUCCUGUGUAUAGGGCGUCACGUCUCAUCAAAUCAUCAGGAAUAAAUGUGGUGGGGAUGAGUGCUGGUGCCUCAUUGUCGGAAUUGCGUAUCGUAGCUAAUCCAGGCUACAUAUACACGAGUAUCAUCACUACUGUUCCCACUCUGAGGGCGAUUUUCGAAGCAGAGAAAGUGGAGACGACGCUUACUGGAGAUUGCAAAGCAGCCAACGUUGCAGACAUUGUGUUCAUUGUUGACGAGUCGGGAAGCAUUGGAACAGCCAACUUCAAGAUGGUGCGCACUUUCCUGCACUCGAUUGUGAGCGGCCUAGAGAUCAGUCGGGCCAAAGUCCGAGUUGGCAUCGUGAUGUACAGCGACGGGGCCUCGGCACAGGUCUACCUCGACAGCUUCAAUGACAAGAGUGAAUUGCUGAGUUUCAUCAAAAUCCUGCCUUAUCGUGGAGGUGGUACCAACACUGGCGCUGCCCUUAACUAUGCCAGGGAGAAUGUUUUCAUUAAAGCAAGAGGAAGCAGGAAAGAGCAGGGGGUCCAGCAGGUGGCGGUGGUGAUCACAGAUGGUGAAUCCCAGGACGAUGUGAGCACAGCAGCAGCUGAUCUCCGUCGCGCUGGCGUCACUGUUUACGCUAUAGGAGUCAAAGAAGCCAACAGGGACCAGCUCGACCAGAUGGCGUCCUAUCCCCACAAUAAGCACGUGUUUAAUGUGGACAACUUUGAGAAACUGAAAGGGUUGGAGCUGAGCCUGCAGAAGAUUCUGUGCCAUAACAUCAUUCGGCAGGCGAUCUCAGUCAGUACAAGGAGAUCUGGCAUCAAAGAAGGCUGCGUACAAACAGAGGAAGCAGACAUCUUCUUCCUGAUCGAUCACUCAGGAAGUAUCUACCCUGCUGACUUCCAGGACAUGAAGAAGUUCAUCAUUGAGUUUAUACAUACCUUCCAUAUUAGUCCAGAGCAUGUCCGUAUUGGGGUUGUAAAAUACGCAGAUUCACCACAACUAGAAUUCGAUCUAGCACGAUAUUCAGAUACCAAGUCACUGGAGAAGGCCAUAGAGGAUAUAAAACAAAUAGGAGGAGGCACGGAGACAGGAAGGGCACUGGAAUACAUGGGUCCACUCUUUGAUAGAACAGUGGUCACUCCUGAUCACAAAGUCCCAGAGUACCUGGUGGUCAUCACUGACGGGAAGUCCUCUGACCAGGUCAAGGUUCCCGCAGAAAAACUGAGGGCCCAAGGAAUCAUCGUCUAUGCCAUCGGUGUGAAGAGUGCAGAUCGAGAAGAGCUGGAAGAGAUUUCAGGAAACCCCAAGAGGACUUUCUUUGUCAAUAAUUUUGACGCUCUGAGGCCCAUCAAGGAUGACAUCAUCACAGACAUCUGUUCUCAAGACGUUUGCAAAGACAUACCAGGCGACCUCCUCUUCUUAGUUGACAGCUCUGGGAGUAUCUUCCCUGAAGACUACAAGACGAUGAAGGACUUCAUGAAAUCUGUGAUCAGCAGGUCCAUGGUUGGGCGGGACGAGGUGCACGUUGGUGUCAUGCAGUUCAGCUCCAUCCAGCAACUCGAGUUCCCAUUCAACCGCUACUACAGCAAAGAUGAAAUAUUGAGUGCCAUCGACAACAUGAAUCAGAUCGGUGGAGGCACUGACACAGGAGCAGCCAUCACAGCAGUGUCGCGGUAUUUUGAUCCAGACCAAGGAGGACGUCCUGACAUGAGGCAGAGGCUGGUUGUGAUAACGGACGGCGAAUCCCAAGACGAGGUCAAGGAUCCUGCUGCAGCUCUCAGGGCAAAGGGAGUGGUGGUCUACGCCAUCGGAGUGAUGGAGGCCAACACCACCCAGCUGCUGGAGAUCAGUGGCUCACCAGAACGGAUGUAUGCUGAGAGGGACUUUGAUGCUCUGAAGGACUUGGAGAGUCAUGUGGCCUUGGAGCUCUGUGAUCCAGAGAGAGACUGUAAGAAGACAGAAAAAGCUGACAUCAUCUUCCUGGUGGACGGCUCCACAAGUAUCACGCUGGAAAAGUUCAGAAGCAUGCAGAAGUUUAUGAAGUCUGUGGUGAACGAAACCACAGUCGGCAAGGACCUGACCCGCUUUGGGGUCAUCCUCUACUCCACCAACCCCCAAUCUAUUUUUACUCUGAAACAGUAUGACUCCAAACGACAAGUUCUCAAAGCAAUAGAUGCACUGAAGUCGCCGUUUGGAGACACCUACACCGGCCGGGCUCUGGCCUACACUUUAGACUUCUUUAAUCAGGAUAAUGGAGGUCGGGCGGCUCUCCGGGUGCCACAGAUUCUCAUGGUGAUCACAGAUGGUGAUGCGACCGACCGCAACAGUCUGGUUGCACCAUCAGUGGCACUGCGGAGCAACGGGAUCAGUGUCCUCAGUAUCGGAGUGGAAGGAGCCAACAAGACACAGCUGGAGGUCAUGGCUGGUGGCGACAAAUCCAGAGUUUUCUAUGUGGACAAUUUCGAGGCCCUGGAAAAUCUGUACAAGAAUAUAACUCAUGUCCUCUGCAAUUCCACUAAGCCAGCAUGUGAAAAACAGCAGGCUGACCUGGUCUUCCUCAUCGAUCAGUCCGGCAGCAUUGCCCAGCAGGACUACACCACUAUGAAGAAGUUUACGACCGACCUAAUAAAUGGCUUCAAAGUCAGCAAAGAUUUAGUGCGUGUCGGAGUCGCCCAGUUCAGCAGCACAUUUCAGGACGAGUUUCACCUCAACAAGUUCUACACAGAGGAAGACAUCAACAAGCACAUCCUGGGUAUGCGGCAGCUCGGUGGAGGCACCAACAUCGGAUUGGCCCUGAGGCACAUCAAGGCUUAUUUUGAGGCGUCGCAGGGUGGUCGCAGAUCGGAGGGGAUCUCCCAGAAUCUGGUUCUGAUCACAGAUGGCGAGUCGCAGGAUGAGGUAGAGGAGGCAGGGGACAGUCUCAGGAGUCUGGGGAUCGAGGUGUUUGCCAUCGGCAUCGGAGACGUCCAUGAUCUCCAGCUCUUGCAGAUCACUGGCACUCCAGAAAGGCUGUUCAAUGUGCAGAACUUUGAAAGCUUGGAAAAGAUCAAGCAGAAGGUUGUUAAUACAAUUUGCAAAUCCAAACCGGAUCCAGGGACUCAGGAAGGGUGCACCAUCGAUGUCGCCAUGGGAUUCGAUAUAACUCGUAGAUCAGGUGCUCCUGGUGAGACUCUGGUCAGCGGCCAUAACUUGCUCCGGACUUUAUUGCCAGAGAUCGCCCAUUAUGUUACCUCCAAACCGGGCCUGUGCUGUGUUGACCCCUCGCGCAUCAGGACCAACAUCGGCUUCCGAGUAGUGAGUCGGGAUGGACGCACCCUGUACGACACAAGCUUCGAGGGCUACAGCGACGCUGUGGUGAGGAAAGUCACCACGUGGAAUUUGCCACAGCCCACUUACUUCAACACCGCCCUGCUGAAAUCGCUCGGGGAGAAGUUGAGGGCGUCCGGAGCUGGUGUCAAGGUGCUGGUGAUCUUCUCAGACGGACUCGAUGAAGACGUGAUGAAACUGGAGCAAGAGUCCGAGCUGCUGCGACAGUCUGGCGUCAGCGCUCUGCUGACUGUGGCGCUGGAGGGAGUGCGUGACCCGGCCCAGCUGCAGAUGGUGGAGUUUGGACGAGGAUUUGGAUACAAGCUUCCUCUCAGCAUCGGCAUGCCGAGUGUUGGCAGCACCCUCCUUAAACAAAUUGACACGGUGUCGGACAGGGAGUGCUGUAACGUCAUGUGCAAAUGUUCGGGGCAUGAAGGCGUCCGUGGCUCUCGGGGCCCCCCGGGGUCAAAGGGUGUGUCUGGACAGAAGGGUUACCCAGGAUUCCCCGGAGAGGAAGGCGUCGCUGGUGAUCGGGGGAAUCCUGGACCCACUGGACCUCAGGGAUUACAGGGUUGUUCUGGGCUCAGAGGACCAAAGGGCAACCGAGGCCUUCGGGGCAACAGGGGCGAAGACGGAGAAGACGGGCUGGACGGAGUUGUUGGAGAGCAGGGAGUGACGGGAGAAGACGGAGCUCGAGGAGAGCGAGGACACCCAGGAAACCCAGGUAUCCCAGGUAUCAGAGGGGAGGCGGGGCUUAAAGGACAGCGAGGACUGAGAGGAGAUCCGGGUGAACCAGGUGCUGAUAACACUGCCCCAGGACCCAAAGGAGACCCCGGGAACCCGGGCUUACCGGGUGCACCUGGACCUGACGGGAGACCCGGUGAGAGCGGGAUCGUUGGAAACCCGGGUCCAGAUGGAAGAAGAGGACCGCUCGGUGAGAAGGGUGCACCUGGAGAGCCAGGAGCUCCAGGACUCUCAGGCAGCCCAGGUGCUUCAGGUCCACAGGGUCCCAGAGGGGUCAGAGGUCAACCAGGACCGAGAGGAAUCCCUGGACUCCCUGGACCUCAGGGUGGACCGGGACCGGCCGGAAACCCGGGAGUGGCCGGACGCCGCGGAGCCAACGGACAGAAGGGCCAACCAGGAGAUCCAGGUGAUAAAGGAGUUCCAGGAUCACUGGGACCCAGAGGAAUGCCGGGUCAGGAUGGCCGAGACGGUUACGGACCUCCAGGAUCUGGUGGUGCCAAGGGGGAUCCUGGUUUCCCUGGUUACCCCGGGCUACUGGGUGAGGACGGCCUGCCGGGACCAAAAGGACAUCCAGGACCUAAAGGGAACCGAGGUCGAGCUGGAGGCUCGGGCCGGCCCGGAGAAUCAGGCGUGGGUGGAGAUCCAGGAUAUGCUGGACACAAGGGUCCCAGAGGUCCUCCUGGAGUCAAAAGCAUGACUGAGUGUCAGCUGAUCACCUACAUCAGAGACAACUGUGCUUGUUCCAUCGGUGGUUCGGAGUGUCCGGCCUUCCCCACCGAGCUGGUGUUGGGUCUGGACAUGUCUGACGACGUGACCCCGGCAGCCUUUGAGAGGCAGCGCUCCGCCCUCCUCUCCCUGUUGGAGGAUGUCGCCAUUACUGAGAGCAACUGUCCGACGGGCGCUCGCGUCGCUGUGGUGGGAUACAGCAGCUACACCAAGUAUCUGAUCCGCUUCCAGGACUACCGCCGCAAGAAUCAGCUGAUCGACCUUGUGAAGAACAUCGCCCUGGAGAGGACGUCCAACCAGCGCCAGCUGGGGGCCGCCAUGCGCUUCGUGGGUCAGAACGUCUUCAAGCGUGUCCGAUCAGGGUUGAUGAUGAGGAAGGUGGCCGUCUUCAUGUCCAACGGGCCUACACAGGAUGUGAAUGACAUCAUCACCGCCACGAUGGAGUACCGAGGCCUCAACAUCAUCCCUGCAGUCAUCGCUCUGAAGAACGCUCCCACCAUAAGUCAAGCGAUGGAGGCCGACGACUCAGGAAAAUCCAUCUUCGUGGUUCUGGGCAGAGACGCGUCUGAGCUGAGGAAGGUGAAGAACUGUGCCGUCUGUUACGACCCCUGCAGACGGUUGGAGGAGUGCUCCUUCAUCCAGGAGCCGGCGCAGCCUCAGCAGGUGGACAUGGACCUGGUCCUGGUGGUGGACAGCUCCAGGGAGGUGAAGGCUGAUGAGUAUGUGGGCGCCCAGCAGCUGUUGGGCUCUGUGGUGGAACAGCUGGCUGUGAGCUCUCAGCCCCGCAGGGCCGGGAACCAGGCCCGGGUGGCUGUAGUCCAGCAGAGCGGUACCCAGGUCACAAAGCCGGAGUUUGGCCUGCAGACCUACCAGAACCGCGACCUGAUGAAGACCCACCUGAUCCAGACCAUGAGGCAGCAGGGCGGCUCCUCGGCGCUGGGACACACGCUGGAGUUCACCCUGAAGGAGGUGCUGAUGAAGGCCAGCCAGCCCCGGAGGAGGAGGGCCAUACUGACGGUGGUGGGAACCCAGACGGCUUACGAGGACCGAGCCCGGCUGCGCUACUUCUCCCAGAAGCUCAAGUGUGAGGGGGUGGCCAUGUUUGUGGUGACGGUCAGCGAGCGCUUCAACCGGACGCAGGUGGAGGAGCUGGCCAGCCUGCCUGUGGACCAGCACCUGAUCCACCUCAGCAGACUGAAGGCCGAGGAGCAGGGCUACGCCCAGCGCUUCUUCAGGGUCUUCCUCUCCGCCCUCGACAAGGAUAUCAACUCAUAUCCUCCUCCCUCCUUGAAACGGACAUGUGAUCAGCUGAAGAACCAAGAUGGAGGACAAGGACCAGUCAUUUUUAAUGGUCAGGGCCCGGUGGUGCUGGUGGAUCAGGAGUACGGGGACGAGGUGGUGGAGGCGUUUAGGGAGCAGACGGGAGGACAGAGUCAGACCGGCCAGCUGGACAUCAUCGAGACUCUGACCAGAGGAGACGGACAGAAGUUUGUCCCGGGAACAAAAUUAAACGCCCAGUGUCAGCUCGAGGCUGACGCUGGUACCCACUGUGCCGACUAUGUCCAAGCGUGGUUCUUUGACAAAGACAUCGGUGCAUGCUCUCCCUUCUGGUACGGUGGUUGCGGCGGUAACACCAACCGCUUUAACACAGAGAAUGAAUGUUUCCGGACCUGUGGCAGCCACAAUCAGAACAUCCUGCCGAGGCCGGAGCUCGCCAGCUUCUCCAGAGACGCCUGCUUCCUCCAGCAGGACCAGGGCGGCUGCCAGGAGUACACCAUGGUCUGGUUCUAUGACACCAAACAGAACGAAUGCUCUCGCUUCUGGUACGGCGGCUGUGGCGGCAACGAAAAUCGCUUCACAACGCAGGAGGAGUGCGAGCACCUGUGUGUGACGAAGAGCCGAUGAGGAAGAGGAGGACGACGUCACCGGAGAGAAUCACCGCUGUACACCGAACACGUAUCAGCAGAACCUUCAGGAACACGCAUCUUCAAGGAACAAUACAAGAUUCUGAGCAGUUGAAAUCCUUCGACAGCCGAGUCGUUCUGGAACGGUUCAACUGUUCAUAGGUUUUUACUAAAACGCCUUCAGGGAAACUGGAACCGUUCCAGAACUCAGCUGCUGGUUGAAGACAUUUUGUUUCUUUCUUGAACAUGUGUGUUUAGUUUCCUCGCAGCGCCUUCGUUCUGCGAGUCCUUUUUUAAACAAACCAUCAACAUUUCACAAUAAAAACUCUGAACUGCUGGACGUGGAUCAAACUGACAGCAGAGAAGCUGUUCAACACCUUCAGGUUCUUAUCAGGUGCGACUGUGGAGCCGAAUGAAUGAAUGUUUGAAGGAUUCACAUCAGAACGUUUAAGUGUGUUUAUGUAGAAGAGCUCUUUUUUUUAUUUGAUUUGACUCACAUACAGCGACAGCCUGAAGGUUUCAGGUAGAGAUCCAUCGUAAAUUCUAAAGUAAAGUUUCUUUCUCUGUUUUCCAAAGAUAGUGAAGUUCUCUGAAGUUCUGAUCGUCCUCUCCAGAAUUCACUGAUACCUGGUUUGUCCCUCAGACACACAGAAGUCAAAAUAUCUGAGUCUCACUUUCAGAGUUUUGGUCCUAAAUCUGUCAAGAUGAUGAACAACGUUUCAGUUCAUGCUUCAGGAAAGAUUUCAGGCUUCUCUGCAGCCACUGAAGUGACGACGCAGCCACGUUUCAUCAGGUUCUUAUCAGGUUCUUCAGGUGACACAAAGGAAAAGAGGCCGUCGACUAACUUUUCCCACAAACGACCCUCAUCUUUACCUUUUUAAAUCCUAUUUUCUCUUUGUGCUCUUUGUCAAAUAAAGACAAAAGAAAUCAAAAACCUUUUCAUAAAAAAAUCUGAAGUUUUUCAACACGUCAUUUUUAAAUUGUUGGAUACAAACUCUGAAACAAACACUGAAGAUCUGAACUCAGAGUCCUUUCAUUCACAUCAUGACGGACUAAACUCUGAAAAUGAGACUCAGAACGCUGUUUUUAAAAGUCAUGUUAAAGGCUCAAACUGAAGCGGAGCUGCUGCCGUCACACGGAGGCUCCUGGUGUUGGACUCAGUCCACGAUGUAAACACAUUCCUGAAGUGUCUCCGAGCAGCUCCGGUCUCACUUUGAGCCUUAAAAGGUCUGAAACGUGUCUCUCUGCGCCGAGCGAGCAGGUCUCAGCCUGUGUCACCGCCCGCCCGUCCGUUUGGACGUGGAAAUCAGUCUGUGGUUCAUCAAACCAACCGAUGGUGCUUCAUGUAAAAAUCAAACAUUAAAGAAUGAAAGAAAACGUUGGA